UGGGGCGGUUCACUUUUCACACACAAGAUACACGCGGGUGACGGAUGGCAGUCAGCUGGCCGUCCCUUGUGACCUAAAGAGUGUUCCUGCUGUGCUUGUGUCCUCCCACAUACCCACGUGAACCCCUCCUGCAUCUCAUCAUGUUCGUCAAGGAGUUUAGAGUCAUCCUGCCCCUCACUGUGGAAGAGUACCAGGUGGCGCAGCUGUACAGUGUGGCGGAGGCAAGCAAGAAUGAGACGGGUGGAGGAGAAGGCAUUGAGGUCUUGAAGAAUGAGCCGUUUGAAAACCAUCCUCUGCUGGGUGAUGAGUACAGCAAGGGACAAUACACCUAUAAAAUUUAUCACCUUAAGAGCAAAGUGCCAGCCUUCAUCCGUCUCCUGGCACCCGAGGGCUCCCUGGAGAUGCAUGAGGAGGCUUGGAACGCAUAUCCAUACUGCCGAACCAUCAUUUCGAAUCCAUCGUACAUGAAGAAAAACUUUACUGUGACGAUUGAAACUCUGCAUUUGCCUGAUAUGGGAACGCAGGAGAAUGCUCAUAGACUAACAGGAGAAAAGCUUAAUAUGCGAGAAGUUGUGACCAUUGACAUUGCCAAUGACACUGUCAAGCCAGCGGAUUACAAGGCUGAUGAGGACCCUACAAAAUUCAAAUCGGAGAAGACUGGUCGAGGUCCUCUGCAAGGUCCCCAGUGGUGGAAAAAGUGUGACCCGGUGAUGACGUGCUACAAGUUGGUGACUUGUGAGUUUAAGUGGUUCGGCCUUCAGACCAGAAUAGAAAAGUUCAUCAUGGAUGCUGAGCGUAGACUUUUCACCAACUUCCACAGGCAAGUGUUUUGUUGGAUGGACCGGUGGCACGGGAUGGAUAUGAAUGACAUCAGACAGCUGGAGGAUGCUACCAAAGAUGAACUUGAUGAGCAACGGAAGGUGGGUACUGUGCGAGGUACAAAAGGUGAAUAAGCCUCCAGUUCUUUUUAUUUGUUGAUUUUUUCUCCUCUUCCCUCAUAAUUGGCUAAGCUCUGUUUUAAGAAUACAAAUUUGAUACUUUCAUAGAAAAUCCUUUGUAAUAUGUACCACCACAAUUACUGUUUUUGUAUUAAGAAGUUUAGUUAUGUUUAGACUUCUAAGGAAAUGUAAUUUUUCUGAUGAAUCUGUUAAGUGAUUUAUUCACAAUGAUAAGUGACCAUUUGUGCCUCAAGAAAGACUUCCAGUAGUGUGUCUGCAGCAGCAUGAAUGUAGGUGAUCAUCUCUAAAUGCACUAUAUCUGCACAACCUGUGUGAUAUGUCAGUGGAGUUCAGGCAUGUGAAUUAUACAGGGCUGCUAUGGUUGUGAUGCAGGGAGGAAGGGAGGAGGGUGGUGCUGUGGUCUCACUGGCUGGAGUGGGUAUGGCUAAAAAUUGUGUGUGUGUGUGGUUGAUCUGAAAGUUAUGAGUAGACAAGAAUUGUACUGGCCUGGUGGCCUUACCUGCUGCUUUCUUGUGAUUCUUGUGAUGAGUCAGGGGAGCUCACUGAAUUCCAGGAUAUAAGAUUACUUUAUUGCCAUUAAAUCAUUGGUAACUUUUCUCACCAUCACACACUUUUCAUGAAUAUUCAGGAUUUUUCACUAAUGUUCUAUUAUUUUCUUCAGCAGCAGCACAGCUUAGUUAGAUCUUGGAAUUUUAGAAAUUUGUGAAAGGAUUGUGUGUGUGUGUGUGUGUGUGUGUGUGUGUGUGUGUGUGUGUGUGUGUGUGUGUGUGCGUGCAUGUGUGUAUGAGGGAAGCUACCUUUUACCUUGGCUUGUGUGAGCCUUUCAGCUGGUCAGGUUGUACUUUGUGCAUUAAGUGCAUUCAGCACCUUUAGGUUAUAUAAUCAUGAUUUGAUGUUUAUCAUUAGUAAUGCAAGGAUUCCUUGCAAGAAAAGUCUGUCCAGUUUUGCAUUUAAUUAAUAUAAAGCUAGAUCGACUUUUCUUAUCAAAGUUUGAUGGUGAUAUAAAAUUAUACUGUUUCACAUUUAAAAUCAACUUUAGAAAGCCACAAAUACUCUAUUUAAAUUAAUUUAGCUGAUGUGCAUGACUGAAAAUGUGAGAGAUGCUGCAGUGUAAUGCAAUGAGAUGAGGUGGAGAGAAAUGUGGAUUAUUUGCUUUUCAAGUAAUUUAGUGUUUGCAGUCUGGCAGGUUACUAUUGUGUGGUAAUGAGCCUGAUUAGAGGUUGUUGUCAUGCUGCAGUGUUAUGAACUUUGAUGCUUUGGAAUUUACAGAAUAGUUUUUGUGGGUGAUAGUAUUUUUUUUCUAACAUAAUGCCAAUCGUUACUUGAUAGCAAUUAAACCUAAAUUGUAUAUCUUCAAUUACUACCUGUUUUUUUUUUUUUUUUUUUUUUUUUUUUUUUUU